AUGCCCAAGGACAGAAUCCACAUAAACGUUGUAAUUAUUGGCCAUGUUGACAGUGGCAAAUCCACAACCACAGGUCACCUUCUUUAUAAAUGUGGCGGUGUGGACCCAAGGACCAUUGAGAAAUUUGAGAAGGCUGCAUCACAGCUAGGCAAGAGUUCUUUCAAAUAUGCCUGGGUUUUGGAUAAACUGAAAGCAGAGAGGGAGCGUGGAAUCACGAUCGAUAUAUCACUGCUGAAGUUCAAUACCCACAAGUUCUCCAUAACCAUCAUUGACGCACCAGGACAUCGUGACUUCAUAAAGAAUAUGAUCACUGGAACAUCCCAGGCUGAUGCUGCACUCCUGAUAGUGUCUGCAGCCAAGGGGGAGUUUGAGGCUGGAAUAUCCAGAAAUGGGCAGACGAGAGAGCAUGCUUUACUGGCAUACACUCUUGGUGUCAAGCAGCUCAUGGUCUGUGUCAACAAAAUGGACGUGACGGAGCCACCGUACAGCCAGAAGCGCUUUGAGGAGGUGGUCCGUAACGUGACAGUGUUCAUUAAGAAAAUUGGCUACGACCCCACAUCAGUUCCCUUUGUUCCUGCGUCUGGAUGGAGUGGUGAAAAUAUGCUAGCUGCUUCCCCAAAGAUGCCCUGGUUCAAAGGGUGGAAAAUCAAAAGAAAAGAAGGCAAUGCAAGUGGUAAAACCUUGUUGGAAGUCCUGGACGCACUUUCGCCCCCUGUACGCACUGUUAACAAGCCCCUUCGACUGCCCUUGCAGGAUGUCUACAAGAUCGGAGGGGUGGGGACAGUCCCUGUGGGGAAAGUUGAGACUGGGGUCCUGAAGCCUGGCAUGCUCUUGACCUUCUCCCCGGCUAAGCUGACUGCUGAGGUCAAGUCCAUCGAAAUGCACCACCAGGGGCUCCAGACAGCUCUGCCAGGACACAACAUUGGUUUCAACAUAAAGAAUGUAGCUGUGAAGAAUCUACGACGUGGAGAUGUGGCUGGGAAUGCCCAGCACGACCCUCCCUCCGAUGUGGCCAGCUUUAUUGCCCAGGUCAUUAUUCUGAACCACCCUGGCAUGAUCAAGGCUGGCUACUCCCCAGUGUUGGACUGCCACACCGCCCAUAUCACUUGCCGCUUUGCUCAGCUACAGGAAAAGAUUGACCGCCGGACUGGCAAAAAGCUGGAGGACUGGCCCCAGGCCCUGGUGUCUGGUGAUGCUGCUACUGUCAAACUGGUGCCCAAUAAGCCCUUAUGUGUAGAGAGCUUCUUCAACUACCCUCCUCUAGGUCGGUUUGCUGCCAGGGACCUGAAGCAGACUGUAGCGGUUGGUGUCAUCAAAUCCGUGGAGAAAAUUGACCAAAGCUCAAAGAGGCUUGCACAGAAAGCCCCAAUCUUAAAAUGA